CGCAUGAACCGCGCGCGGGGGGCUCUAUGCCGGGCCUGCCUCGCGCUGGCCGCGGCCCUGGCCGCGCUGCUGCUGCUGCCGCUGCCCCGCACGCCUACGCCGGCACGGACCCCCGCUCUGGCCCCGCGGGCUACUCCGGUCCACCACGCCGCCCUCCCCCGCCUGCGGCCGGACGACGUCUUCAUCGCGGUCAAGACCACCCGGAAAAACCACGGGCCGCGCCUGCGGCUGCUGCUGCGCACCUGGAUCUCCCGGGCACGCCGGCAGACAUUCAUCUUCACUGACGGGGACGACCCAGAGCUGGAGCUCCAGGAAGGCGGCCGUGUCAUCAACACCAACUGCUCAGCUGUGCGCACCCGCCAGGCACUUUGCUGCAAGAUGUCUGUGGAGUACGACAAGUUCAUUGAGUCCGGACGCAAAUGGUUCUGCCAUGUGGACGACGACAACUAUGUGAACCCUGAAAGUCUCCUGCACCUGCUCUCUUCCUUCUCACCCAGCCAAGACAUCUAUCUGGGGCGCCCCAGCUUGGACCACCCCAUUGAGGCCACCGAGAGGGUCCAUGGAGGCAGAACUGCCACCACAGUCAAGUUCUGGUUUGCCACUGGUGGGGCUGGGUUCUGUCUCAGCAGAGGUCUUGCGCUCAAGAUGAGUCCUUGGGCCAGCCUGGGCAGCUUCAUGAGCACAGCUGAGCGGGUUCGGCUACCGGAUGACUGCACAGUGGGCUACAUCGUGGAGGGUCUACUGGGGGCCCACCUGCUGCACAGCCCCCUCUUCCACUCCCACCUGGAGAACCUGCAGGGGCUGCCACAGGACACCGUGCUCCAGCAGGUCACCUUGAGCUACGGGGGUCCUGAGAACCCACGUAAUGUGGUGAACGUGGUCGGAGUCUUUAGCCUGCAGCAGGACCCCACACGGUUCAAGUCUGUCCAUUGCCUCCUCUACCCAGACACAGACUGGUGUCCCAGGCAGGGUGACCCUGCCUCUCAGUGACCAGUGAUACCUGACCUUGGAUUGGCUCCAGCACCAUCCCCAUCUGGCCUCUGUGGGCUCCCUGAGUGGCCUCCCCCAUGGCACCUCCAGCCCUGAGCACUCUGAAGCUUGGGGGCCUCCCUGGAAGACAGGGUGUGGCCAUACUGCACAGGGGUUAGGGGCUACACUCCUAGGACUCCAUACUGCCUCCUCCCCCGAUGCAGUUGGGGAGCUAGGGUGGCUGGACAGGCUCAGUGCUGAGGAAGAGGCCCACACCAAGGCCCUGCCUGUGAUUUUUCAGGCACAACCAUGGGCAGUUGCUAGGACUCUGUCUCGCAGGCCUCAUGGGAGACACUGCUGUCCCCGGUGCAGGAUCGGGCAGGGUCAGGCAUCAAGGCUCAGGCCUGUGGGGCUGAGUUCUUCCGGGUGGGGUGUAGAAGGCACUUUUCUCUGGUUUGACAGUGUUCAGGGCCUUCCCCUCUGGGUCCUUCACUCCCCUCCCAUAAAACAGUAGGAGCCUUAGGUUUGGGGACCCCUCACAGAGAACAUCCCCAACCCACACAUCUGAGCAGACCCACUGGCCCUUGACUGGUGCCUUCCAUGGGGGACACAGGGGAGAGCUACAGCCUCCUCAGCCUCUUGCCGUGCUGCUGCAGUGAGUAAAGUCUUCCUUGGCACUCGCUGGCUCCCAUCUCCUCAGUCCAGGGUCCUCUUCUCUCAGGCAGGCUCUACCCUGAGGCCAUUUCCACACUAGGCAGGUCCUUGUGUUCCAUGUAGCCUUGCCCACUGAGCCUCCAACCACCAAACUCUCUGUGAACCAGAACAUAUAGCUGGGAGUGUGGGAGUUAUGUAUGUGUGCGUACCUGGGUGUUAUGAGUGUGUGCACAACUGCUGUGUACAUGUGUGCAUGGACACGUGCGUGUGCUUGGUCCUCAGCAUGUAUAUGUGUGGGAGGUAUGUGCACAGGUACACACAGGUAGUGUGUGGGUGUGCAGACAUGGAGGUAGAGAGUCAGGGAGACAAUGGCCACAUAACCAGAUUGGGUUCCACAAGGGCUAGUUUCUGUCUGAUACCUUGGUGCAUGACCAGGAAUAAAAUGCACCCCAA